GCCUUCAACGGUUUGCUCACACACGAAUGCUAUUGUUUAAAGAUCGCCGAAGCGAGCGGACGUGAGCCGCACCAGUGUCCCAGCGUCGAAUGUGCGUGUGUGUGCGGUUUGCCACAUAAGAGCCUUUUUUUCUUCUAUGCUCGGGAAUAACUACGAUUGAGAGGGCGUGAAAGUGGUGCAGACCAAACAAAGCUAAACGCCCAAGUGUGUCACAAAUGUGAGCUACUACGUCUCGUGUGCGUGCGUCUGUUUGUGUUGUUUGUCGGGUUGGGUUGCGUUUCUUUACUUUAAUUUGUACGUUUUUACGAUACAAACCGCGUCCCUAACGUGUGACCGGGUGCGUGCGUGCGUGUGUGUGUGUGUAAUGAAUUUAGUGUGACAGUGAGCGUGUGUAUGUGCGCGGCCCGUUGUUUUUUGUCUGCCCGUUCCAGACUCGCCCUAGUGUUUUUCGGCAGUCUGGGAAGGCAUUAGGUGUUUGUGUGUGUGUGCGUUUGUGUGGUGGAUCCUGGAGAAAACAAAAAACAAACACACGGACCAGAUUGUUCCUCAACUUUAUCCGAACCAAAGCAUUGGCACACAAUAAAAGCUACAAACAAAUCAACCAAGCAAGAACAGCUCACGAACAUCACAAUUUCAACAGUCAGCCUAUUGCCCUUUUUGGCAUUCUCACAGACACACACACACACACACAGAGGAACGACAUCCAGACGGUCCUUCAUACCCCCAGGGUGUGUGUGUGUGUGGGGAGGUGGGUUGCAUUCGAGGUGAGGCUGCCUCGAAUCUCGAAUGCAACUAUUUUCGAGCGGACAAUGGACUACUGUCCCCGGGGUCAGCGUUUCAGCAGUAGUAGCCGCCGGGCUCAAACGGCGCCAUUUUGAGCCGGCCGCGUCGUCAUCGGAAUCCAUCGCAGCAGAACAGCCAACGCACUCGUGUGUCUCAGUGUACACGGGUGGUUGGUAGGAUAGGUGUUUAACCCCUUACACCAGGGUUGAGAAUACCGGUGUAGUACCCUUUACUUCGGAAGAUGCCACUGCCAAGGCCAGCAUACGCAACCUAGCAUACGCCUAGUACCUAAAGAUUGUGUUCGACUCCGUGUGCCGAACGGGUAAAGUUGUUGCCCAAUCAGCAAAAAAAAAAAAGAAAACAAGAGCAGGGAAAAGUCUUCACCAAAGUCACGACGAAGUUGUGUAAACGGCGCACUAUUAGACGGAAAUGAAGACCGUGGUCUGCAGCAAGGGAAAGUGUUCAGGAAAGUGAAGUGUACGUUAGUUUUUUUUUGUGUUUGGGGGUAGCUCAGCACACCAGGGUAAGAAAGAAAUGUAGAGAAAACGAAAAAAAAUCCCCCUAAAGACAAUAAUGAAACCAGCAGCAUAAGCAAAAGCGGCAAGGCUCAUACAGCCUCAUGUAGAGUGUAGAGCUCACCAGCCACGCAACCGAAGGCAGCUAUACUAAGGUGAUCUCAACGCGCCAUUAAAAAGGACCAAGCGAAGCAUAACAAUCAAGGAACGCCUUCGAGACGGGCGGGAACAAAAAGAAAAAUCCUCUACGGGGCAAGGAUUAUGAGUGUGUUCAGCGAUUUCCAGCGGAUGUGGGUGCAGCGGUUUCCACAGAGUUCGCUGUCGGACGCAUGGGAGCAGGAUGUGCGUGCGAGCCUCGAGCGACACAAGCAAAAGAUCGCCGAACUGUCCAAGGAGCUCGAGCAGGAAACGCUGUACGUCGAGUACCUGGAGCGGUUGCUGGGCGAUGUGGAGAAGUACCGGCAGGCGGGCGGCGAUCCGUCCACACUGUUCGAGGCUAACUCGCCGGCAUCGGCCGCCAAUCUGUUGGCGGGUGGCGGUGGUCAGCUGCGUGACCCACCCGGGAAAGCGGGCGAUGCGGUGCAGGAAGCGGUCGAGGAGGAAGUGAAUCAAAUAAUUAAGGCCGCGGCCAGUAAGGAACAGCCUGCCGCACCAACAGCGCCACCAGCGGAAGAUGCAGAACCGCCCGGUAAGGGUACCGGUGGCGGCGGCGAGUCCACCGAACCAGGUGUUCAGCUGCGCUCACGUGAUCUGCCACCGAACCGCAACAACAACAGUCCACUGAAUCAGUGCAUCAACGAGCUAACCUCGAAUCUGCACAGCCGCCGAUGCGUCAGCGAGCUGGUGGCGGCGAGUAGCAGCACCAACACCAAUACACCGAUCAAAAGCACGGCCAACGAUACGGCCCAACAGUCAACUGGCAGGCAACAAUCAACCACCACGAACGGUCCGGAACCGACGGCAAACGGUGCGGCCCACGAGGGACCGACCGAGCCGGAACCGGAAGUCGGUCGCGUUACUACCACGAACCGGACGCGCAGUGCCAGCCAAAGUGAAGCGCAACCGUUGCUCGCCUCCCCGAGCCACUUCGUUACCGUGAUUGAGGUGAAAGAGUCGAAGAGCAAUAACGGUGCGGCUGGCGGUAGCGACAACGCAUCGCACAGCCACGAACCAUCGGUGUCGUCUGCACCGAAGACGGCAAACUACGAGAAUGUGCUGAUCAAUACCGGUGCCCGGUUCGGUGGCAGUGUGGAGAAUCUGGUCGCCGCGGAUCUACCGUCGCAUCAACAUCAGCAACAGCACACGGGCGGUGGCGUCGGCAGCAGUGCCAGCACAUUCCUGGACGCGAAACAUCCGAAACCACCGGAUCGAAGCAGUGACGCCGGUGGAGGUGGCAGCUUUACCGGUGGUAGUUCGAUCUCCGAACGCACCUCGCAGCUGCUCGGCGCUUCGUCAGCUGCAGCCGACCUCAAGAAGAAGGUUCCACCGCGGCCACCACCAAAAUAUGUGCGCCGUGCUGCGCCAGUCGAACCACCGACCGUACCCACGUUGGCAAUGCAGAACCUACGCAACAAAGACACCGCGACCAGUGGCGGUCCGACCACUGCCAGCCCCCAACAGUCCCAUUCCUCACCCGAGGCGUCCGGCACCCCGGAAAGUCCCGGGGCGAGCAGUUCGCUCGAGCGUAACAUCAAACCGUCGGAGAUCUACCGUCAGAAGUCGUCCGAUUCGCUCGAUGUGAAGCUUUCCGGGUACCACGAACCGGGCAAAGCACGUUUGCCAAAGUCCGACAGUCUCAAGUCGAAAUCGUCCAGCACGGACAGUCCUACCGGGUCGCUGGGCAAGAUGGCGAGCGGUGGUACGCCCGGUGUCGGCGUAUCGCCGACCGGUAGCCUCGGCAAGCUGCCCACCAACAUGACGGGCAGCAGCAGUGACAGUCCGACCGGGAGCCUUGGUAAGAUGAACCAACCGCACCAAACGCCACCGUACGCUCAUCCGUACCAGCAGCGGCACGGUACGGAUGGGUUACCGCACGUCGAUUCGAAGGAAUCGCUUGCGUCGACGGGUGGUGGUGGUGGUGGUACGGGUACGAUCGGCAGUACCGGAGCAGUUGGUCCCAUCUCGGAGCGGAUUAAGAGUUACGAGUCCAUUUCAUCGCUCAGCUCGGACAGUAUGCGCGCUAGCGGACAGCAAAGUCAGAAAGACCAGGAGCACUAUUACGAUACGGUGCCGCUCGAUAACAGUGACGGUGACUACGUGUACAUACAGCCGGGCGGUGUCGGUACCGGAUCGACGUCGAGUCGGGACGAUAUCUCUACGGUGGAAAAUGCAAGCACGCUACUGAUGCCGUCGCAUCCUCGUAGCCACAACAGCAGUCAAACCAGCGUUCAGCUGGAACCAGAAUCUCCUGGACGAAGCAGCAAUUAUGUGAAUAUAGAAUACUUCAUCCACUCCAGUCAGAACAAUGAGAAUCGCGGCAGUUCGAUUGAUAGUGAUGGCGAAGGCGACGGUGGACCACCGGUACUGAUGCGUGCGAUCUCGGCGGACACGGACGCCGCUAGUGGUGGGAUGGGUGCGGGAGUAUCUCCCGGCAUCGGUGGCACGCCAAGCGGUAGCAAUCUGUUCCGCAAAUUAUCGAACGCAAAUCGAGACACGAUCAUCCGGCGCAUCGUUACCAGCAUCAUCACGAGCGAAACGCUGUACGUGGAGUGUUUGAACAAGAUGAAGCAGUACAUGAAGGCGAUCCGGGCGACGCUCACCACUUCCCAACCUGUGAUAUCGGAGGAAGAGUUCCAGACGAUCUUUUACAAGAUCGAGGAACUGCACCAGGUGCACAGCGAGUUCCUGACGGAGCUGCAGGCACGGCUAGCUACACCGCACGAUGCGACCGCACCGGAUACGGGCGGACUGUGCGUGGGUGAACCGUUCCGUGCGCUGGCCGGCCACAUCCAUCUGUACGGUGCGUUCCUGCACAACUAUGGGCGUGCGAUCGAUACGGUGAAGAUGUGCAGCACACACAGUCAGCAGUUUAAGGAGAUUGUGUCGAACAUCGUGUUUAAGAACCAGAACGAGCAGAAGCUGUCGCUGGAGGAGCUGCUGCACAAACCGGUCGCGCGCCUGCAGAAGAAUGCGCUCGUGCUGGAGGAUCUGCUGAACCAAACUCCCGAACAGCAUCCGGACUAUCAUCCGCUGCGGCAAGCGUCGAAAGCGAUACGCAACUUCCUGUCGGAGUUUAACGUUGUGCAGACACGGUCCAUGUUCCCGAGCGACGAUAAAGCCCUCCGCCGAUUGGUAAAGAAUUCCUUCAUCGUCGAGCUAGCGGACGGUCACCGGAAGUUGCGACAUCUGCUACUGUUCAACGAUGUGAUCGCGUGUGCGAAAUAUAAAGCGGUUGGCCGUACCGGGGACCGGAAUGGGUUUGAGUUUGAGCUGAAAUGGUACAUACCACUGCGCGACAUUCUCAUCUGCGAAGAGUCAGCAAAUGAUCCGAAAGAAACGAGCCCGAUCAAUAUUGUGCACCUCAAGUCGCAGGCGUGCACCGUGCGUGAUCAAAUCAUGCUCGACGAGAAAGAUCGACCGGGGGGUUCAAGCCGGGCCGGUGAUAAGCACCGGAAGAAGCUGGCCGAUCUGGAGGCGCAACUGGUACUUGCGUCACCGAAUCUGGUGUUCAAGAUCGGCAAUAAGGCGACCGGCAAAACGAUGACCUUCUUCCUUAGCUCGGAUUUCGAGCGUACGCAGUGGAUUGAGUCGAUACUGUCGUUGCAGCAAUCGUGCAACCUGCCCGGACACAUUCCAGUGCAGAUUUAUGAUCUGCACGCGUGGAUAACGGCAUGCCAGUCGCUCAUCAAAACCGAGAUGGGUUCCUACCUGAUGCGGAACGCGCGGGACGAGAGUCUGCUGGUCGGCGAUCUGCAUCUUACGAUACAAGGGCUGAGCGGGUUCGAUCAACCGUGCGAUCUGUUCGUGUGUGUCGAGAUCGACUCGUACGGGCACUAUUUCCGCAAGGCGAAGACGAAGCUGGUGUGUCGCAGUGCAACGCCGCAGUGGAACGAAUCGUUCGUGCUGGAGCUGGAGGGUAGCCAGAAUUUGCGCAUUCUGCUGUAUCAGGAUGACGUCCAGCGUCCGAUAUUACGUGCGAAGCAUAUCCUUAAACUAAGCCGCAGCUGGAUGCAGGAAACACCCACCAGAAAGGUGCUGCAGCUGUCGGAAACGCUCAGCAUCAGCACGAUCAUACGAUUCGUACCGGGUGAGGUGACAUUGCGCCGGGUACCGACCUCAAAGCCGGGCGCACUCUUUGGUGCCAAAUUGCAGCAGGUGAUCAAGCGCGAAAAGCGUGACAUUCCAUUCAUCGUGAGCGCGUGCGUGCGGGAGGUGGAACGGCGCGGCAUGACCGAGGUCGGCAUCUAUCGCGUGUCCGGUUCCGCGUCCGACGUGGCCAAGCUGAAGAAAUCGUUCGAAACGAACGCGUACGAGGCGGAACAGCUGCUGAAGGAGGUCGACAUCCAUUCGGUCACCGGGAUACUGAAGUCGUAUCUGCGCGAUCUGCCCGAAGCCCUGUUUACCGAUCAGUAUUAUCCGAAGUUUUUCGACGCGUUCAACCGCCACUCGAACCUGAGCGAGGGUUCGCGCAUCCACGAGCUGCAGCGCAUCUUUGCCGAGCUGCCGCAACCGAACAAAGCCACCAUCAAUCUGCUGCUGGACCAUCUGAUGAGGGUACACCAGCAAGAGAUCGAAAACAAGAUGUCGCUGCACAAUCUGGCGAUGGUGUUCGGGCCGACGCUGCUGCGACCCGGCCCGAGCGCGACCAAGCAGAAAGAUCUGCUGGAAUCGAGUACGGCCGACGUGAUGACGCAGGCCGGUAUCCUGUACAGCUUUCUGCAAGCUCGUCUGAAAUAAUCGAAAAAAAAAAACCGAAAACUCCUAGCAGAAAGCCAACAGACCGAAUGAUGGCGUCCAACGUCGAUGCAAAAAAAAAAAUCCCGAAGGCGCAGCCAAGAACUGAACGAAUUAGUUAUUUCCGUUGCUUUACAACACACAUUUCCGUUUCGUGGUGGACUCUUUUGUCCUCCCUCACCCAAGAAGAUAGACAGACGAGGAGAUAGAGAGAAAAAAAGCCUUUCCGAUAAUUCUUUCUCUCGCUCGCUCACAAUCAUUACUGUAUUAUAUGCGUGUGUGUGUGUGUGUGUGGUGGAAAGAUGGUGGUAUAAGUGGUGUUUUGCACCCUUCUCUCGCUUUGUUUGUUAAGUGGAAGCACGUGGUUUUAGUCAUUUCCGGUACGAACAGAUUUCCCAAAAACCCACCCAACCCAAGCAAAUUAGGUUCGUGACCAAGGUACGGCUGAUGUGCUAGAUGAUGUUUUAUUACGAAUGAAAGACUACCAAAAUGUUUGAUGUGUGUGUGUGUUUGUGUGUGUAUAUGUUUUUGUUUUAUGAAUGUUACACUGUUGUACAACCCUAACAGCAAAACAAUUCCAUACAUCCUCUCUAUACCUUGCCCGAUAUAUGUUUACUACUACUACUCUUUAGUAGUCUUUAGCUGCUGCACCAAAAAAACAAAAAGAAUAUGAGAAGAAACAAGCAAAAAUAGUAUUUAAAAUUAGUGAAAGAGGUAAAAACGCGUCAGUACUCUAGCCAGGCAGCUUUCUUUCCCCCUACUCCUUUCUUACCGAAACAGCCUUAUCUGCUUAGAUUCAUUUUUCGAUGAUAAGGGGAUUUUCUUUCAGUCAUUAUUUUAAUGUUAAAAAAAAUCGACUAAGAUUAAGCUUAUUUAGACAUUGACGAGGGGGUUUUAUUUUUUGUUUUGUUUCGUUCUCUGCAUUGGCCCGUUUGCUUGUAGGUUAGGUUUAGGAAAGUUGCUUCAAAAGCAAUCGCAAAAAAAAAAUUCUCUCCUAUCGAUUUAGCCGUCUUGGCGUGUAUUUAUUUCCGUUGUCCGUACUUUAGUCGGAAACCCGUACCGGAAACGUUUGUGUUUAACCGCUACCGGCAGUGCCUACGUGUUUUGUCAGAUGUUUAGGUCUGUACACACAAGGGUUCUGGGCGGAAAGCCCAGGAAUCAUAACGACUGAACCCAAACAGGAGCCGACUGCCUAUACCCCUUCUCCCUUAGAGCUGUAGAAGAAUAUUAAAACACAACACGAAACCAAAAUCAAGAUCGACAAUUUUUUUGGAAGGAAUGCUAGUUUCGGCAAUAGAAAUUUUAUGUCCAUACAUUUUGCUUAUACCUUCAAACUUUAUCGCCCUGAAACUGACUACACACGAGCGAUUCGAGUUAGUACAUAUUUUUAUGUUUCGUAGCGGUGCCUUACAUGCCGCACAGUCGUGCAAUAACAUCGUUGGCUCUUUAAUGAGUGGUAAAUUUAUUUUAUAUUUCGAGUUAGACGGCUUGACGCCGUAUUGACAAAUGAGUGGUUAAUCUUAAUAUAAUAAUUCACUUGCGAUUGACGCAUUUGGUGUAUGGUUGAAAGCCUCGUAAUUCUAAUCGUGGAAAGCAAUGAAUUUGCUAUGAUUACAAUACCCAUUCACAACAUCUUGGAGUAACAACGAUUCCCGAUCCAGAACCCCGAACACGAACGAACUACCAAGGUGGUUCGACGAGUUUAGGGAAUGGGUAUUGUAAUUGGUCUACAGUCGCUUUUAUAACCUUUCUAUUCCAAAUUUGGAAGAUAAGGAUCUAUUAUUUGCCUAGUUUUCAGGCUUCAUUAAUUUUGAACUUAUCACACGUCCGCUAAAGAUUCUAAAGAGGUUGCUCUUUAAAAAUUUCUACCCCGAACGGACGCUUUCCAAUGACACAGUUUGGUGGCGGCUGGUCAAAUUGCUAGUGGAUUUAGAUAGUUUAUCGCAAUAACGCUUUUUUUUCAUCGUGUAGCAUAUUGUUUACAUGUCGUGCUAGUUCCACGUAGAAAACUAACGUAAAUGUGUAGGGAAGUAACGUUACUGGCAGGAUAUGUACGAUUUUGACAGUUGUUUUUUCUGAACAAAAUUAUCGACGAAUCGAUCCUGGAUAACAAACAGUGGCUCAGCCAAUCCAAUACUAGCGCCGAACGAUUUUAAUACGAUUGAUUUAAUCUUCGGUUUAACGAUUUAUUUUUAUAUCGUUAUUUUCAUUACCUUUAACGAUGUCGAUUUAACUUCAGUUUGAAGUUUUUCAGUUCAGUUCCUCACUCUCACUACGGGGAAACGGUCGCGGUUUGAUCCGCGGUCGUGUUGCCGUGACAAGACCGGUGCCACUAUCGCCUCGCCUCGUUAUUCGGCUUUUGUUUAACUCCCGAAACCAGCGCUUAAUGCAAGGAGGUUGAAUCAGAUUUAUAGGUAGUGUGAGUAGACUUCGGCUCCUAUUCGAGUUGCUAGGUGGGUUUUCCACUAGAUCCCGUGCAUCCAGACCUCAUUCGAGAUCAUUUUGUUCGAAAAUAUGUGCGUCUCCUAUUUCCGUUCUGUGGUAACAGAUCAGCAACGGUGGUGCGGGCUGUUUGCUGACCUAAUGGUUUAGCUGGCCAAACCAUCAAACAAUGCUUUCGAAUAACCCAAAUAGCGUGUGCAAUCCACUUGUUUUUUUGUUGUUGUAAUGCUUCUUUUGCGUUUUUUUUUUUUUAUCAUUUUAAAAUAUGUACCCAGGAGCAAACGUUUGCACACAGGUUUAGAAAGUUUAGAAAGGAAGAACAACAUUCCAAGUCAAUCACUGAUGAAUAUACCAACGAUGAUUAAAAUUAAUUUUGAAAUCCAUAACAUGGCGCACAUACACACGGAAACAAUUGGGGGGAGAAGUGGACAAGCGAAACGACACACACACACACACACAUACAUAAGAUCAGGGGUUGAGCGAAAGAGAAAUAGAAAGUAAUGUGAUCCCAUUAAAAUAAAGAAAACAGAAAAGCAUAAAACACAACUAAAGAAAAAACUGCUGAAACGAAACGCAAUCUUUAUACAGAACGUAUAUAUAUAUAUUAUUAUAUUACUUAUAAAAUGGGCAACUAUACAUAUAUAAAUAUAUAUAUAUAUAUAUAUACAUAAAACAUAGUUUUAUACAUAGACAUUAUACCUACAAAACAAAAAGCCAUUGAGAUAUCGCAAAACACACACACACACACACACACAAUAAAAUACAUUCACUGGCAAAAGUAUUUAGACAAAUUCGAAUGAACCUCUAGUGUGUGUGUGUGUGUGUCAAACGGUGAUGAUGAUGAGCACUAGGAAACAUCUGGCAAAAAUCGGAAAAUGAGCAUGGUAAGGGGUUUGUUGAACUGGAAAUGAUAGAGAGUAUGUCGUUUCGGGGGUGAAAGAAGGAGGAAAGCGAAGAAAAGGAAAGAACAAAAGAAAAACAUUCAAAAGACGCUCGUACAUUUAAACAGGGAACACGUUCAUUAACCUCAGCUUAGUAACAACAGUAACAAGGAAAAAAACAAUUAAGUAAAAAAACAA